UCCUCCGCGAGUGAUGUCAGAGGCGGCGGGAGGAGGCCCGCUGGGCCCCUAUAUGUCGCUGGCCGUGCGGCGGAGUGCCGUGUGCAAAGUGUUAGAAAAAUGGAAGGCCCGCCAGCCGCCGCAGCACACGCUCACCGGGUUCUGCUGCGAACUGCCUAAGUGCGCCAACUCCUCCUAGACCGCCCAAGCCGCACGCUCUAAAUCUCCGAGAUGCCUUUCAAGCCCGUUGAGCAUGCCAAGUGCCCCAAGUGCGGCAAGUCCGUCUAUGCCGCCGAAGAGAUGCUGGCUGCUGGCAACAAGUGGCACAAGACCUGCUUCGUUUGUGGUCUUUGCCACAAGCGGUUGGACAGCACCAACGCUAGCGAGCACGGAGGAGAGCUGUUCUGCAAGCAGUGCUACGGCCGCAAGUUCGGACCCAAGGGCUACGGCUUCGGCGGUGGUGCCGGCUGCCUCUCGAUGGACAAGGGCGAGCACCUGGGAAACACCGAGUGCGCCAUGAGCAACAAGCCACAUGACCCCACCUAUGGCUAAUUGUAUACGACCGAGCGACGGAACCCAGUGAUGCACUUGUGUAGUUUUUUUUUCUUUUACUCCAUCGUCACACAUCUAACAACUCUCGUCGCAGUGCACAAUGUGAACCGACAGCACUUCGUAAACUCCAAAGCAUUUAGCAGCAACUAAAGCGGCAGAAGAAAAAGGAAGAGAGUUUGUUCUACAACUAAACUUAGAAACAGAGUGGUUCGCGCAACAAUCAUGCAUCAAGCAGUUUGUUAGAUGAGUGGUCUGCACGAUUGGACAUUAAAAGUGAGAGUCUUGUGCACCCUACUGCAUUCGUCGGAUAAAAAUAUAAACUGAUUUCGCUUCACUGUGCUCAUUCCAUAAUGGAAACAAGCGGUGCUUUUUUGUACAUGUCACUUUAAGUUUCGUGCUUCUCGUAAAGCGAGGAUCUAGUCUCAAAGCAGCUUUGUUUACGCUGUCCAGUUAGGAACGGAAGGCGACGUGCAGGAUUUCCCUACAAAAGUGCUAACAAAAAUGGCGCCUUCAGGAGUGAGACGCGUUGUUACGUUUGGUCCUGUCAUCGUAUCAAAUGUUGCUAUAUCAGAGUUGCAAUUUCACUUGAAAUAAAGAUUUGUACGACGUAUCAAA